AUGGCGGCAACCAGCGAAGAUGACGAGAUGAAGGGGCUCAACGAUCUUGAGAAGGAGAUGGAAAGCCACGAGGAAGACGAUGACGACGAAGAUGACGAUGAUAGCAGCUCUUCCUCUUCCAAAUCGUCGACCCGCAGCCAAGGAGAAAGGAGGACUUCCUUCUCGGUGCCAGGCGGUAAAGGAGAAGAGUGCGAAGGCCUCAUGGCCGGCCAAUACCGUAUGGGCAAGCUUAUCGGCCGAGGCGGCUUUGGCACCGUGCACAAGGCGCUCAACGUCAACACGGGCCAAAUCGUGGCCAUCAAGCGUUUCCACGCUGCCAAGAUCACCAAGUCCAAGCUCGCCGCCGUCAUGGCCGAAGCCGAUGUGUUGGAGAAGCUCAACCACUCCAACGUGGUGAAGUUCAUCGGGUACGUCAAGACGCAGGACUUCCUGCAUCUCGUGCUGGAGUACGUGGAGGAGGGCGCCCUCUCCGACGUGCUCAAGGACUACGGCCGGUUCCCCGAGAACAUCACCGCGCUCUACACCGCCCAGAUGCUCAAGGGCCUCGCCUACCUCCACGAGCAGAGAGUGAUCCACAGAGACAUCAAGGGAGCAAAUGUGCUGCUCACAAAGGACGGCGGCAUCAAAUUGACAGACUUCGGCGUGGCGGCGGUCAUCAACGAAAGCGAAAAGCGAUUCUCGGUGGUGGGAACGCCGUACUGGAUGGCGCCGGAGGUCAUCGAAGUCGCCGGACACUCGACCAAGUCCGACAUUUGGUCGGUGGGCUCGACGGUGUAUCAGUUGAUUAUGGGCGAGCCGCCCCAUUUCGAUCUGCAGCCCCUGGCCGCCAUGUACAGGAUCGUGAAGGAGCGCCGCCCGCCUCUGCCCAAGCCCUGCUCCGACGAGCUGGCAGACUUUUUGAGCAAGUGUUGGAACAAAGAACCGUCCAAGCGGCCCUCGGCCAAGGAGCUCCUGUCGCACCCCUGGAUCACCAACGCCGUACCCACGAGGCGCACGGACCGCACGGGGCCUGUGAUGCGCAUGGCCCUGAUGCCGGAGCUAAAUCUGUUCGCACAACAGGUCGUCCUGCCGCCGGAGGAGCUCAAGACCUCGCUCAAGACGCACAACUCGGUGGUCAUCCACCGUGCGUCGGUCUCGUCCGACCAGCACUCCGAUCGGGAAGACGACAAUGAAGACGACGAUGGCCGAGGCGACACCAUGUACAUCUCUUCCUCUUAUCCCUGCAUCGAAUCUGAGUCGGAGGACGAGAACGGGGAGAAGAUACCUCGCAUGCCAUCGUCGGAGCAGGAAAUGGAGGAGUGGGAGCGAGAGGGUAGGCGAACGGCGCGGUCGUCGUCGACGUCUGGAGUGCCUACUACCAACCUGAGCAGCGGGAACAGCAAGCGGAAGAGCGGCAGCAGCGUGCGGCGGAUGACCGCGGCGAUGAAGUCGCACUCGAGCGACGCCGAGGAGAUGAACAGGAAGCGAGAGAAGGCCGAGCGGGAACGAAGAGAGCGCGAGAGGCGAAGGGAGGAGAAGAUGGAGAAGAAGGAGAAGAAGCGGGAGGAGAAGAUCAGGCUCAAGGAGAGCCGCGAGAGCAUGCGCAUGCAGCAGAAGGAGAAGGAAGACAAGGCCCUCAAGAAGUCCUUCUCCAAAUACACCGUCGACAGCGAAGAGCGGCCCAUCUGCCAGAAUGGUCUGGCCUGCAACAGCGACGACGCCGAGCACUUCCUCAAGUUCCGGCACACCCCGCUGACCACACCGCCCACGGCCGAGAAGGACAAGACCAUCAUCUUCCUCAGCUCGAGCUCGGACGGCUUCGAACGACUCGACAAAUCGGACAGCGACUCGGCCCGCAACUCCAGUGAGAUCAAAACGUCCACGCCGGACAAGCCCUACGCUGCGAUGUGGAAGAAGCUCGAGGAUGCUCUCUACGACAAUGGAAAGCUGCGGAGCCGAAAUGACGAAUUGGAACAAGAAGUCGAGAGAGUGAUGGGCCAGAGAGACGACUUGUUGAUCCAGUUGGCCGAGAUGCGAUCCUACACUGAUGAAGUUCUCGCUUUGGCCAACAUGGUCCUGUCGGCCGACCACAACGGACUCUAUCAGGGAAAGAAAGAGAAGGAGGCCAAGCUCAAGAAAAUCCUUCAAACGUUGGUGGAUGAGAAGCCCAAGAGGACGCAGAGUCACGAAGAGCUGCUCAUAUCUGUGGCGUCAGAGCUCAAGGCCAACAAAAAGAAGAAGGAGAAGAAGGUCAAGAAGGAGCUGCAAAGAGUGUCAAUCCUCUCGCGAAAGGGACAGUCGUUCAAGUUCCGAUCAAUGACCAGCAAGAGCAGCACCGUGGGCUCGAUCGAGAAGGAAAUAGAAAAGGAGAAGGAGAAGGAGCGAAAGGAGGUCCUCAAGAAGUCCAGCGACAGUGAUAAGCUGGCGGCCAGCUGA